GGCUUUAGCCUGUCAGUGAGGACAAAAGCAAAAAAAAAAAAUAUAAAAAAUCCCGGAGUUGCAUCUGCAUUUUUCUUCCUCUGCUGCAAACUUUCAAAAAUAUUUGAGAUUGCGUUAUGUCCCCAUAGAUUCUGAAAAGUGCUUCGUAACAACCGUGAACAAUUUAUAUUUUUGACGAGCGUAAACGAUCAAAGUCCUAUAUUGAUUAAUCGUAAAACUUAAUAUACAUCUGCUCCAGCAGAUAGCAUUCAGAAACCCUCAUAGCAGGGAACACCCUCACUCCAGGAUGUGGGACUCAUCAGUAUUUUUGAGUACGCUGACUCCUAAAUUUUACGUAGCCCUCACCGGCACUUCCAGUCUAAUAUCCGGUCUGAUAUUGAUCUUUGAAUGGUGGUACUUCCGCAAGUAUGGAACUUCUUUCAUCGAACAAGUUUCCAUCAAUCAUAUAAGCCCCUGGAUCGGUGGCGGGGAAGCCACGGCGGAAAAUGUUAGCAACAGCACCACACCGACCACGCAAAACAUGCCGGAGUGUAAGGUUUGGCGCAAUCCAUUGAACCUGCUGCGGGGUGCCGAGUAUCAGCGUUUCUAUUGGGCCACUCAAAAGGAGCCGCUCACCUUCUACGAUAUGAAUCUCUCCGCGCAGGAUCACCAGACAUUCUUUACAUGUGAAGGUGAUUCAGGUAAAGCGGAAUAUGAGAUAAUGCAGACGGCAUGGCGCGAGCGGAAUCCGGUUGUUCGAAUUAAAGCUGCCAACAAUGCAAUCGAGAUCAACCCUAACUGCGCUCCGGCAUAUAUUUUGCUUGCGGAAGAGGAAGCCACUACCAUUCUGGAAGCAGAGCGAAUUCUGCGCACGGCACUGAAGGUGGCCGAGGCGAACUAUAAAAAGUCCCAAGCAGUUCAACAUCAGGGGACUACUAUGGAGGGCAUCUUCCGAAGGGAUACCAACGUACUGAUUUACAUUAAAAGGCGACUGGCCAUGUGCGCCCGCAAGUUGGGUAAGUUGAAGGAAGCGGUGAAAAUGUUUCGCGAUCUCACCAAGGAAAUUCCUCCGAUCAUGAAUGUGCUCAACAUUCAUGAGAACCUAUUGGAAGCUUUGCUAGAAAUGCAGGCUUAUGCAGACUGUCAAGCGGUGUUAGCAAAGUAUGACGACAUUACACUGCCAAAAUCAGCAACAAUUUGCUAUACAUCGGCCUUGCUCAAGGCUCGUGUUGUUGCUGAAAAGUUCUCACCGGAUAUUGCUUCCAAGCGGGGUCUGACGCCAGCUGAAAUGAGUGCUGUGGAAGCCAUCCACCGGGCAGUGGAGUUCAAUCCGCACGUACCAAAAUAUUUGCUGGAAAUGAAGCAGCUUAUUCUGCCUCCGGAACACAUCCUGAAACGUGGGGACUCGGAAGCUCUGGCGUAUGCUUUCUUUCAUCUGCAACACUGGAAAAACGUCGAAGGAGCACUCAACUUACUGCACUGCACCUGGGAGGGCACCUUUCGUAUGCUUCCAUAUCCCUUGGAGCGAGGUCACCUCUUCUAUCCUUAUCCGACCUGUACUGAGUGCGCCGAUCGCGAAUUGCUGCCCGCGUUCCAUGAGGUCUCCGUCUACCCCAAAAAGGAGCUUCCUUUCUUUAUCCUGUUCACGGCCGGGCUUUGCUCAAUAACGGCUCUUUUGGCGCUGCUAACCCAUCAGUACCCGGAGUCGAUGGGGAUCUUCGCCAGCACCACCCUCAAUUGGUUUUCCUUGCCGUUUCACUUCGUCAAGGAGCGCCUAGAGACAAUCUGGCCGUGUAACCUUCUGCAGCAUUUGUCGAGGAUUUAAAUUAUUGUUCGAUACUUAUAUUUAGAAUAUCUAGUUUAUUUUUAAGUAGAAAUAUGGUACAUUUUUACCCAAGCGUCCAUUGCCAUUGUUUGUCUAGGGGAUCCCAUAUGGUAUGAAGUCUGUUGCCUAUACAUAAUUGAUAUGAGUACAUUAUUCUGAUAUGAGCUAACAAACCAUUAGUUAUUUGGCCGUUUGCAUUUAUGCUACGUAUACAUUUUAUUUUGUCAACGCAUUUGACUUCAGCCAAGUUGCCAUUAGUGGUUUAGGCAUUCUCAAUUCGCAUUCAAGUCGAGCAUUAUAAUUAUUUAAGUCAAGUGACAUGCUCAAUUCAAUUGAAUAAUCUAAAUUCAGUAUAACAAAUUCUAGGUCUUCAUUAGCCAGAGGUGACAAACCAAGACUAUACUAAAGAUAACAAGUCACGAAGUUUAGAUUAGACAAGUUAAUUGAUUAGACAAGUGACUUGAACACAAAUUGAACAUCUAAAAGCUUUUAUUCAACUCACUUGAAUGAAACGGCUUUUUUGGCAAGUCAAUUGAAUUGAACUGAGUUGGUCAAUUCAUGUGGCUAAUCUAAAGUCAACAUGCUUUAUGUUGAUAUGAUCGAUUAUGAUACAAUUGAUUCCGCUAUGCUUUACUAGAAAGAAAUUCGCAAUUAUCACUUUAUUCGGAACACCACACUUCACCAUACGCAGCUGACCCGUAGAACAUUCUGAAGCCAUAUUGGGUAGCCCCGUUUGUCCCCUUGUGAAAUAAAUACGCGCAACCAGAAGCUCUCUCCUACCGUUCAACACAUCCUGCGCCAAUUUGGAGUGUAGCAAUGAUGGAACUACUGAAAAUAAUGCAUUAUGAUUAAUUAUAGGUCUGUGUUUUGGAUUGCUUCUGCUUGUAUACAUUUGUUUAGAUAAAAAUAUCCUAGACACUUGUUGUAAUACGAAAACGAAUCGCAGAAAGUACUAUAAUAAUACCACUUAUUAAACUACAGAAUAUUGCAGAUAAGAAAUCAAUACAAAUUGUAGACAUUAUCGUAAACCUAUCGCCUGGUCUUUAAUGUGUAGUUGUGACAAAUUUGACGUUUUUUGUGAGAAUAAUAUAUGAAGUACGUAAAAUAUAGCAGCAUCAAAAAUAA